AUGGCCAUGGCGCAUGGCCAAUUUGCAGCCAGCACUCCGGCAGCACGGUUCUGGGAGCAGGCACUCCCCGGCUCGCCGAUGCCGGAGGUCAUAGCAGAUUUUGUUCAGAAAGGAAUCGAUCAGUCACCGCUUGUGGAGCCCUACUCUGCACAGCCCAGUAUUAGCAUGUGCACACUCUUCAACACCAUAUGCGACCAGCGGACGGUGGCGGAGACCGGCAUCUACUUCCACGCGGCCAAGCUACAUCCGGGCAGCACCAUGACCCUCUCCUUCCCGGCGGAGGCGGAGACACCCAUCCUCCCGCACGACGUCGCCGACAAGGUCCCCUUCGAGAACCUAAGCGACGUCCUAUCCACGUUCCACAUCUCGCCGGGCUCCGCCGAGGCGGCGCAAGUGGAGGACACCCUAAGCAAGUGCCUGCAGCCGCCAAUCGCCGGCGAGAUGAAAGCCUGCACCACGUCGCUAGAGAGCACCGUGAAGGCCGCCAUGGAGAUGCUCGGCACCGCCGCCUCCGGCCAGCUGAUGCAGGGUGGUGGUGGUGGUGGUGGUGACUACGUGUGGGCGGCAACGUCGGCGCUCCCCCGCGGUGGCCGGCUGCCACGCCGGCAGUACGUGGUCCAGGCAGUCACCCCGCUCGACGGCGACGGCUACGUGUCUUGCCACAAGGUGCCGUUCCCGUACGCCGUCUACCAGUGCCACGUUACGUAUACGGGGUACGGAGGCUACAAGGUCUCGCUCCGCGGCGGCGGCCGCCAUGACGACGACGAGGAGGGCCCGACGGUCUCCUUGCUGGCGUUCUGCCAUUUCGACACCUCCUGCUGGAACCCGAUGCACCCGGCGUUCCAGAUACUCAACACCCACCCUGGCAGUACGCCGGUGUGCCAUUUCAUGUCGUACGGCAACCUCGCGUUCGUCAAGAAGGCAGGCACAGCCUAGUAGAUUGCUACCGUGCAGUCUUCGAUACUAUGCCAAUGUCGUGCU